AUCUUCUCCUACCAAGCCCGAGGUCAUUGAUGUUAGCGCGUCCGUCUGUGGAAAAUCACCGGUCACCCCCCUCAUAUAAUGCAAUUUUUACAUCAGUAUCAGCAAAUUCCAUCUGGUCCAAGCUAUGGGUGUUUUCCUUUCUACAAUCCAAUCCAAACUGUCUAUCAUGACAUCCGUGGAAUUGUCUCUUCUCCAGAUUUUACCCCUUCCUCUGUCGUUCAAACUGGCAAUGCCUGUGUUACCACUCUCACAGCAACAGAGUUCUUCAAUUGAAAAACCCAACAUCGAGGAUCACACAGCACUAUAUUGGGCGAUGCAAGAGCUGGGUGAUUGUCGUUUCGUUGCUUCUUUUCAUUUCAGGAUGUUCCAGAAACGCCUUCGUAUUACACUGGAAAUGGGCAUAGUAUUUGUUGCCAGGGGUCCAUGUUGUUUCUCUUCCUUGUACUAAUAGGAACAUCAUGAUAUAUUCCCUACAGGCUGUAUAUGGGUGUCGCGGUUUUGUUUGGGAAGUGGUGUGCCGAGUACCAACUUUCAGAGCACAGCUUGCCAGUACAUUCAGAUGUUGCACUUCGGAUAGAGGCCCACAGAAAGUCGCCUGACUGUGCGGCCCCAGAACCUAUAAUAAUUUUGACAAAUAAAUCAAUGGUAUCAGACACGCUUGCAUCUGCAAUUUCAUCACACAGUUACACAAUCCUUAAACCUGUUUUCUUCCUUAAUCUUCCUCA